GAUCAAAGUGGGAUUGUUAGUUUGAUUUAAAUGGAAUAAUCGGAUAUAGAGCCUCUAUACAAAAUGGCGUGAUGGCCUUGAAAAUUUGCCUAGAUCAUUCGUCUCAAUUCUUACCUCAAUUCACUUCAAAGUCAAGAUGCUCUUCUCUUCUUUGUGGUCGACGACAUGUUUGUUGAUCUCGUCUGUACUGACCGAUCAUGCCAACGCUAAACCAUAUGUUCUGGACCACAGGACAAAUGUCUCGUACACUGGAAUUACCUCUAGCAAAGGGGUGGAAAGUUUCCGGGGUAUCCGAUACGGUUUAGAUACAAGUGGUGAAAACAGAUUCGCACCUCCCCGAGCUUUCGUUCCUCCCCACGGCUAUCACCACAAUGCUACGGUCCAGGGUUUUGAUUGCCCUCAGCCUUCAGACUCGGGUUUCUUGUUCCAAACAAAUGUUACAAAUCUUUCAGAAGAUUGUUUGAAUCUGAAUAUUGCCAGACCAUCUUGGGCCAAGAAUGGCUCAAAGUUGCCAGUCAUGGUUUACAUCUAUGGAGGUGCAUUAAUUGUCGGGACCAUCAAUGAAAGGACCACUGCACCUGACGGAUUUAUCCAUGCAUCGGUUGCAGGCGGCGAACCUGUAAUCUAUGUUGGAAUGAACUACCGUGUCAACAUCUUCGGGUUUCCAGCUUCUGAAGCUCUGAGGCAAAAUAACUCUCUCAAUGCGGGUCUCCGGGAUCAAAGAUUGGCUCUUGAAUGGAUCCAACAAAACAUUGAAGUCUUUGGGGGAGAUAAAGACCGAGUGACAAUCUUCGGACAAUCAUCAGGAGGUUUGAGCGUUGCUCUACAAAUCCUCGCGUAUGGAGGCUCGAAACCUGUACCUUUUCACGCAGCUGUAAUGGAAAGUACUGCACUCGAGCCAACUAUGACAUCGAAUAUUAGUUUCAACUCCACUGCUGCGGUUGCUGCUUUCGCUGGAUGCAAUAGUAGCGAUUAUCAAUCCAUGGCCACGAUUGCCUGCUUGCGAUCACUCUCCAUGGAGACUCUCUUGAACCACAUGAUUUACCAAGAAGUCGAUAGCGCUGACAGUAAUGAUGGAGAUGUUUAUCUCCCAACCGUCGACCAAGAUUUCCUUCCUCAAAAAGCAUCGCAACUCCUCGCACAAGGGAAAUUUGCCAAAUUACCUAUUAUUGGUGGAUGGAUGGAAGAUGACGCCACAUUCUUCACACCGACCAUUAUUGAGACCGCGAAUGACACAAGAGACUUCUUGUCCAGCAUAUACACAGCCGUCAAUACCACUACAUUUGACGAGCUUUUAGAUCUGUAUCCUGCAUCCGAAUUCCAGGCGGAUCCCAGCGCAAACUUAAGUACCGAGUUUUAUCGCUGCGCCCAGAUCUUCCGCGAUAUCUUGCUCGUCUGCCCCACUGUUCUUUUCAGCCAAGCCAUGGCUAAAAAAUACAACACUACCAACCCACCAUCAUAUUUGUACGUCGGAAAUCAAACAAUCAUGACCUCCUAUCUCGAUUCUACGGGUCAGCCUGGGCUUGGGGUUAUCCACACUAGUGACCUUGCGUACCUUUUCAACAAUAUUGAUCUUUACAAUGUCACGGAUCUCGACCUUCCGGAUUAUGUGUUCGAGCCUACGGAAAGUGAUUAUGCGUUAGCGAAGAGCUUACCGUUGUCGUGGAUCUCGCUUGGAACACACGGGAACCCGUCGAGGAUUAAUGGAUCAAUGCCGGGAUGGACAUCGGCAUGGCCAACCACGGGAGGGGAAGGAGAGAUUUUUGUCAUUGGAGGUGGAAAUGAGGGGAUGAGUAAACUUGGAAGUGAUGGGGUGAAUAGCGGAGUAGUGGGAGAGAGGUUGGUGGAGAGAUGUGGUUUCUUGGGGAGAGAGGAUGUGAUUGAGCAGUUUCAGUUUUGAUUAUAAUGAAAUUGGCUUUGCACAAGGAAAAUUACGUGCACAAAUGAUUUAAUCUGAUGGCUACAUGAAGUUAAGAGGUGAUCAUGCCAGAAACUACCACGUGUAAAUCGGAAAUAGGAGCAAUUAACCUCAUGCAUGAUUGUCGCAGAUGGGGCAAAGGUCUUCCCAUGCAAAUCAUGAUUUCGUUGGCUGAAAAUCAAUGGUGGUUUCUACGUUACUUCAGACCUGGACGUAAGUCAACAAUGCCUUGAUGAGGCA